AUGAUUGUCCGCCUACUAUCACCGUUGGGCAUCGGGCAAAAGCCACCCAUAGAAGAGAAAAUAUCAUCUUUAGCGACGCACAGAGAGACCGCAAAUCUCCGAAACAUCCCAGAAGAUGAGUUAGCUAGGCAAAUUGAAGCUGCUGCGGAGCGAAUUGCCGAGCAUGUUGUCAGAACGCCUAUAAUCCGUUUACCGUGGCUAGACCGUGACGGUAGAGAGGUUUGGGCCAAGCUUGAGUGUCAUCAGCAUUCCGGAUCGUUCAAGUAUCGUGGUGCUCUAAAUGCUUUGAUGAAAACCGAUUAUCAGCGUGUGAUUACCGCAUCUGCAGGGAACCAUGCCCUUGCCACAGCUGCGGCAGGAAAGCAAGUCGGUAAAGAGGUUCAGGUCGUUGCCCCAACCACGGCAUCCGAGCUGAAGGUCAAUCGUUUGCUUAGCGAUGCCAGUGUCAGCUUGCUGGGGAGCAAUCUCCAUGAGGCCACGAUAGCCGCGAUGGGAAUAGCGAAAGAAUCCGGUAAUAACCCUGAGAGUAGCCUCAGGUUCCUUUCUCCUUAUGCCGACCCAGAUGUGGUCGCAGGCGCUGGGACUGUCAUCAAGGAGGCUCUUGACGACGCUGGUGUUGAUUUUGACACAGUGGUUGUUCCUCUAGGAGGCGGUGGGCUAGCCGCAGCGACAGCCGCAUGGUGCGCAGCUCGCAGGCCUGGAACUCAAAUCAUCUGUACUCAUCCAGAGAUCUUUGGCCGGGACUUUGAUGCAGGCCGCGUUUCAGAGAAGUUAGCUCAUCCCACUGUGCCAACUUAUUCGGAUGGAUUGGGAGUUCAACUCGUAGAAGACACGCCCUUCGCUGAUAUCAUUGACCGUCGUUUGCGUUCUAUUAUCCAAGUGUCCGAGUCGGACACUGCAGCGGCCAUCGCUUACAUUCUCCGACUACAAUCAUUGCUGAUCGAAGGCGCAGCAGCAACUACAAUUGCGGCGUGGCUGACCAACGAUCCCAUUUUCCAGCAACGGAAGGGCAAGGUGUUACUGCUCCUUACUGGCGCUAAUGUCGCUUCUAGCACCGUGGCCAAAGCGCUGGUGGCCGAUGUUCAUGAUCCCAAACGUCGCCAGCAGCUUGGCCUGCGUCACAUUCUAAAUCCAGUCGAAAGACACGGAGCUGUGGCUGCUGGAAACGGUCGAAAGCGACCAGAAAAAGGCCCUCAUCUAGGCCACCACAUCUCGCAGUCCAUGAUAGAUGUGUGGUCCGUUUUAUUCGAGCGGCUUCAGCAAUCAACAGUCCGCCUGAAGAACAGAUUUGACGAAAAGAGACAACUUUCGAAUAGCCUGGGUCUCCAAACGCAUGAAUGGUGCGUCACUAUAUUCAUUGAUGUGUACUCCAGGCUUGUCUCACUGCUUGAUGAAUGCCACAAUGCUUUAUCAACGGGACAUCUGUCUUUGAAAGCGUGGGAAUUGGAAGAGCGGUAUCGCGUUCUUCUUCAGUUGCGAUCUACCCUGGUAUCAUUGUUUGAUCGAUGCAGUGCCGCGUACGACCAGUCAAGGGCUGAUUGGUUCUUUGAUCCUGCAUCUCAAAAUGCGGCUGCUGUCAACUACGAUCGUUAUGGAUCGCCUGAUCUCAGAGACAUGGAGCGCAAUAUGCUGUCAACUAUCCGGGUUAGUUCAUCGCGCCCAGUGGAAUUAUUGCUUGCAUCGAGCGGUAUGGCUGCCUAUCAAAUUCUGCAACAUUUCCUGCUCCAGCAUCUGUCCGUGAACGACACCAUCGUCCUCCCACCAUAUAUCUACUUUGAGGCACUGGAGCAACUGCAGGCACUAACUCACAUUCGUGUUGUUCAUGCGCCUUCCUUCGAUGUGGAGGAUAUAAUCGCUAUAGCCGAGAAGCAUAACGCACGAGCAGUCUUCGCAGACCCAGUAGCGAAUAUCGUCUCGCUGGAUUGUACCGAUCUUAAAGAAUUGGCAAAGGCCGUCUCAAAUCGACCCGGUUGGGAAGAUCGAUAUCUGGUGGUUGAUGGGACAAUGGCAUCCGGUGCACUGGAAAUUGUGGAUUGGUUCCAGAGUCCUUCAGCACCAACACUGCUAUACUAUGAGAGCGUAAGCAAAUAUCUUCAGCUCGGGCUGGACAUCCAGAUGGGGGGUCUCCUAGUUUACCCAGCGGAUCUGGAUCAUGAAAUGCGAACUAUCCGUCGCAACACAGGGACAAUAAUGUAUCCGCGCAAUGCAGCACUUCUUCCCCCGAUUGACUUCGAUGUCUUCCAAUGUCGCAUGCGCUUACUUACAGAAAAUGCCGAACUCCUAUACAACUUGCUGCGCAGAGCCAACAACUCUAUCGCUGAGAUCUCCUUUCCCAUGAAGUGGCGCGAGAUGGGUUGGCGCCACGGAGGAUCUCUCGUCACCAUCCGAUUCUACCGAGAUGGCAUGAACAAUAAAGAAGGGUUAGAGGCUUGUAUCGACCGCAUUCUCCGAGCAGCUGAAAAUCUUCAUGUUCCAAUGGUAAAGGGAGUCAGCUUUGGCUUCUCCUUCGCUCGUAUUUCUUCUGCGUCAUCGAUGGCUAAGGAUUCGGACCCUUUCCUUCGUAUUGCCGUUGGGGUUGAGUCAGACCACAUCCAACCCCUUGCUACGGCGAUUAUUCAGGGUGUUGAAGCAUACUGUUUGUCCUUCAAUCCAGAGUUGUUUUCCAGGCUAGGUCCAACAUCAAAUGGCGGAGCUGUCAAUGGGUUUCUGGCCAAGUAG